AUGGCGCACCAUAUCGCAGCUGCGAGCGCGUCCGAUGAUGAAGACUGGGUCCCUCCUACCGAGGAAGAGUACAAGGAUAUGAAAAAGUACAAAUCAUUCAUCAUGCCUAUGGAUACCCCUUAUUCCAUUGGUGAAUUUGUUUGGAUGCACCAUGACAAAUGCCGACCCACGUCCGAAUCGCCCCGCCCUGUGCAAAAGCGCGUACGCCCUUCCCUCACACCCUCGCAAUCUCAACGCGAAGCAAGUACCGCCAGCCUCGCUCCCAGUGCGGUCCCAGGCGAAGGUUCGCCUGGCGCCCUGGUCAGCGCGGAGGAGGAGGAGAGGCAGAGGCAGAGGAGGGAGGUGAAUAAGAUGUGGAAGGCGGGGCAUUGGAUUGGGAGGAUUAUUGAAGUGAGGGCCAAGGGGAAUACGUAUGUUUGGAUGAAGAUAAGGUGGAUGUGCAGGAAUAUCAACGAGUUGAAAGAGCAAGAUGUCAAAACCGGCUUACCGCGAUCGAAACCCGCCGGCCGGGAAAUCUUUAUGCUCGGCCCAGAAUACGACGCCAUCCAACCAGUCGGCACCGUCGAAGGCCGCGUCCCCGUCGUCCUAUUCGACGAGUCCAACCCGAUCCCGCCGGAAGAUCAAGAGAUUGAUGAAGAGACGAUCUGGUAUAGGCAUGAGGCGAGGAUGCCGAAUGAGAUGGAGAUGGAGCUGCUUCAUCCGAGGGCGAGUACUGGGACGGGGGCUCGGCCUGGGGGCGGGGGUGGGAGGGGUGGGAAGGGGAAGAGGGGGAGGAGCGAGGAAGUGCAUAUUUCGAGGCAUCUUUUCGCAAGUCAUCUAUCAUAUUCGUAUCAACCAACAUCGUGCUACUGCGGCGACCCCUACCUCCCCAUCGCCACGAAACCAGAACUCAUGGCGCUUUGUCCCAACCCCGGCUGUCUGAGAUGGUUCCACCUCGGCUGCCUGGACUGGACCGGCCGAGGGCACGACCACCGUCUACCUUACCUCACCCCUUCCUCUUUGGCCUACAUCCGCGCGUCGGGGCUGGCGCUGGCGGCGUAUAUGGUUGAGAGUACGCCUGCGGGUGCGCCUGUGCCGCCCAUGUCGGCUUUGAGUGUUUCUUCUUCGCCUAGCCGGAUCAACGGCCACGGCCGCGGCAAUGUCACUGGCCAGGGACAGACACAGACGCAGACCCAAACCCAAACGCAGGCGCCAGAGAUAAGGACUUCCCAAACAGCCCUCCGCCGCGCCCUCACCCCAGCGUGGUCCUGGGCAAACCGCAACCCCCAAGCAGAAGGUCUCCCAGCCGAUACCCUGCCGUCCCCUACCGUCUCUCAAACCCUCUUGGAAGUCGGGUUGAAAGCGUCUCUUUUCCUCCAUUCUGAAGCUCGGGCGAAGGGCAGGGGGAGGAGUCUGGUUGAAGAAGAAGGGGAUGGGGAGAAAGAAGGGGGGGUGGAUAUGAGGCUUGGGGAAGAGGUGCUUGCUGCUGCUGAGGGUGUGAUCGUUAGAGGCAAGGGGUAUGGCACCGGGGGGAAUGCGCGCAAGAUACUGUCGGCGAGAUGGAUCGUGCAUCAAGCUGCCCUUUCGCCCCCUUCCUCUGCUUCAGCUUCUGCUUCUGCUUCUGCUUCUGCUUCUGCUUCUGCUGCGCUUUCUCUCCCUUCGCCUCUUCCUUCGCCCCCUGCUACAUCGUCCGGGGCAGGCGGGGAAGGGGGGGAAGGGGAGGACAGGAUAGUGAGGAUGGUGAGGGAAUGGGAAACAAAGUGGGGUGGGGUGGCGGGGUUGGAAGUGAGGCAGUGUGUUUGGAGUUGUCCGGGGUGUGAGAGGUUGAUGUAG